CUUGAUCAAUUUUAACAAAACGGUGGACAUUUUGACUAGUUACAUAAUUGAUAACCGCUUGGUCUUCUUUCUUCAGUUGCUAUUCAAUAGACACUAGCAUUCUCUCAAGCUGACUGGGCCAGGCAGUGGUCGCUGGAGGAUGUCGGCGUCUCCUCCUGGACGCAUAUCACCGAGCGACGAGAAUAACUCAGCGGCGGUUGCCACAAAUGGCGGAGGAGUCAGCAUGAAAAUAAGAAUCGAACCCGGGGAAAAUGAGCGGUCUCCGUCGACUUUCCACCCAGAAAACGGUCUCUCGACCCCGCAUGGACAUCCCUUCCGUCGCCUGCGGAUCCUUUUCAAGGACCUGUGCUACAAGGUGGAUAGCAACAGCAACAAGGGCGAGAAAGUGCAGCUACUCAAGGGUGUGAGCGGCUUCUUCAAACCCAACCAGAUGACCGCAGUGAUGGGACCCAGUGGCAGCGGCAAGACCACAUUUCUGGACCUGCUAUCGGGCCGCAAGACUCAGGGCACCAUUACCGGCACAUUGCUGUUUGGCCAUACCGCCCCCAGCCGUUCCUUCCUCAGGCGCUAUACGGGAUACGUGGAGCAGUUCGACACGCUGGUUGACUCUCUGACGGUGUACGAGAUGUUGUUGUACACGGCGGAGCUGAAGCGGCCGCUCAGCGAGCCCCUGGCCUCCAAGAAGGAGGCGGUGGACCGGCUCAUCGGCCGCCUGGCGCUGGAGAAGUGCAGGGACGUGCGCAUCGGGUCACCGCUCAAGCGAGGCAUCAGCGGCGGCCAGGCCAAGCGCACCAAUGUGGGCAUCGCGCUCAUCACCACACCCGCCGUCCUGUUCCUGGACGAGCCCACCAGCGGCCUGGACUCGUUCACGGCGCAGGAGGUGAUGGAGGUGGUUCGGGGCCUGGCGGUGGAGGACGGCACCACCAUCUGCGCCACCAUCCACUCGCCCUCCUCCGCCUGCUUCGCGCUGUUCGACCGCGUCAUGGUGCUGGCCAGCGGCUGGACCGUGUACUUCGGCGCGCCGGGGGUGGUUGCCAGUGACUACCUGACGCACGUGUGCGGCAGCCGGCCGCUCGCCCACGGAGAGAACCUGGCCGAGUGGAUGAUGGACUUCCUGACCAUGUCGGACCGCGAGGGCCGCAGCUCGGCGCUGCAUGACUCCUACACCAAGAGCGAGCUGGCACAGGAGGCCUCGCAACUCCUGGACCGGUACCUCUCAGACGCGCAGGCCAAGUCGGCUCUGUCCCGCGGCGCCUCCCUAAGCUCACUGGCCGGGGCCGACGCCGCAGACGGGGUGGGCGGCGGCGGCGGCGGCUGCUGCGGCCUGUCAGACGGCUCCUCUCCAGCCGGGCAGCUGCUGGCCCGGCUGAGCGGCAGUGAGCAGUACGUGACACCCUGGUGGUGGAGCCUCAAGGUGCUGCUGCAGUACCGCACGGUGCGCAACUACCAGUCCAUGGAGUACCUGGGUCCGCGCCUGUUCGACAAGAUCAUUUUCGCAUUGGUCAUCAUGAGCCUCUACUUCGGCAUCGGCGACAACUUCAAAUCCGAGAACGUCCCCUCCAUGGCCGCGCUCAUGUACCUGUGUGUGGCCCAGCCCGCCUGGGGCGCCGUGGCCUACGUGCCCGCCAUCAUGCUGGAGCGCGGGCUGUACGUGCGCGAGCGACACGACGGCCUGUACCGCCCCCUCACAUACCUGCUGUUCAAGAUGCUGGACGAGCUGUCGCUCAACUUCGCGGUGGGCCUGGGCUCCACCGCCAUCAUCUUCUACGGCGUACAGCUGCGGGGCGAGUUCGUGUACUUCUGGCUCAACUGCAUGACAACACUCAGCAACGGCGUGCUCAUCGCCUACAUGAUGGCUGCCUUCUGCCCCACCCUGGACGUGGCCAACGCCGCCGUGCCCACCCUGCUGGCCGUGAUGCUGUUCCUGUCGGGCUUCCUCAUCAGGAUCGAGUCCAUUCCGGUCUACUGGCGCUGGCUGACGUACGCGGACCUGCUCAAGUACAGCUGGCAGGGCCUCAUGGUCAACCAGUUCCAGGCGCACCCGCAGGCGGAGCUGGCCGGCACGCCCAUCCUGGAGUACUACAACCUCACCAAUACGAGCAAGUGGGUGGAGCUGGCCAUCGUGGUCGGCUUCUUCGGCGGCUGGUCCGUCCUGGCCUGGUACGCCCUGGCCUUCGUGCGCCACCAGAAGCGCUAGAGCCUAGAGGGAACGCCCCCUGGGGCCUGGGGUGCCGCAGGCGCCUGCUGCAGCCCGCACGCACACGAGAGUGAGUGUGUGUAUGCGGGCGGCCGCCACGGCGGCAGCGGCACCUGGCACUUUAUGGCGACAGCGUGAAAGGUCCCGUAGCCAGCUCUGUGAUUGCGGAUCGGCUGGCAGCGGCUAGGUGAGGCGGCUGGCUAAUACGGGUGGUGGUAUGGAUGGCGUGCAAGUUGCGGUGAUUUUUGGGACGUGGGUGUGAAGCACGAUACGCACUUGAGACCCGGAGGACUGGGCUCCGGCGGGUGAUUCGAGUUUCCAGCGUGCAUGGGCUACAUAUUCGGGGUGGGUGUGACACAAGAGAACAGCCCUGCACGCAGGCGUCGGGUUGUGUGCCCACCCGCCUGCCAACAGCUGAAACGGGAAUGUGUGUUCACUGCCCCAUGCAAUCAAGCCUUCGAACUUCGUAAUGCAUAACAAGAACGGCAUCCUGCGUCGGUUGCAUGCAUCAUGCAUCUGAGAGAACGAGUGUCGGUAGAUAAGAUAAGUAGGAGCGAGUGUGUGUGCGCUAAACUGCUUAUGGUCAUGUUGCAUUGAUGGGCGAGAGGGGUCGCGUUUGUGUAGCUCAUAGAAGCUUCUUCUGGCCUGGAGGUUACACAGCCGCGGCUGUGCAACUCGCGUGCCGUGUGAAUCCUGCGCAUGCGCGUCAAGUGUGUGGCUGCUUGGGGGCUGCUUGAGGCAACGUUGUCUGGACACCCAAAGCAUCUGCGGCCCCUUCAUGUUACCGUGCGCGGCCGCCCCAUGCAUUCGAGCGUAUAUGGGCUACGGUGCUCAUGGGCGAUGCUGGUAACACGGGUAUGGCGGAUAGCUGGUUCGAGUUACGGACUCACAGCGCUGGUUUGCGUGAGGCGGCUAGGGCGGCUACUGGAGGCUCAGCACCCGCGCCGCUUGCGCCAAGAAAGGCAAAACCUGGAUGAUAUCCGUGUAAGGUGGAGCAGAUGAA